AUGUCAGCGACCUUCCCCGGACUUGUCCACGACGCAGAGAUACGUCACGACGGAUCAAACAGCUACCGGCUCAUGCAGCUCGGCUGCCUGGAAUCCGUGGCCAACUCCUCGGUCGCCUACUCCUCCUCUUCCCCGCUCACCUACCCGGCGCCGGCGGGGACGGAGUUCGCCUCGCCCUAUUUCUCGGCCAACCACCAGUACACACCCCUCCACCACCAGUCCUUCCACUACGAGUUCCAGCACUCCCACCCGGCCGUGGCCCCGGAGGCCUACGGGCUCAACUCGCUGCACUCGGGCCAGUACUACCAGCAGAUCCACCAUGGAGAGCCCGCAGACUUCAUCAACCUGCACAAUGCGCGCUCGGCCCUCAAGUCCUCCUGCCUGGACGAGCAGCAGCGGCGCGAGCUCGGCUGCCUCGACGCUUACCGGCGCCAUGACCUGUCGCUGAUGACGUCACACGGCUCCCAGGCCUACGGCGUCGGUAUGCAUCACCCGGACCAGAGGCUGCUGCCCGCCGCCGGCCUGGGGCUCCCUUCAUCCGCGUCGGACGACCUGCAGGGCUCCGUGGAAGCGCAGUGUGGGCUCGUGCUGAACGGCCAAGGGGGCGUCAUCCGGAGAGGGGGGACGUGUGUGGUGAAUCCUACAGAUCUGUUCUGCUCGGUACCGGGCCGCCUUUCACUGCUUAGCUCCACCUCAAAGUACAAAGUCACCAUUGCCGAGGUGAAAAGAAGACUGUCCCCACCAGAGUGCCUCAAUGCCUCCCUACUGGGUGGCAUACUGCGCAGAGCAAAGUCCAAGAACGGAGGCCGGUGUCUUCGUGAGAAAUUAGACCGUCUAGGCCUCAACCUGCCCGCAGGACGAAGGAAAGCUGCCAACGUCACACUGCUCACCUCCCUGGUGGAAGGUGAGGCGCUCCACCUGGCGAGGGACUUUGGCUACACCUGCGAGACAGAGUUUCCCAGUAAGGCAGUGGGGGAACAUUUGGCGAGGCAGCACAGUGAGCCGAAAGAGACCAGCGCGCGCAAGAAAAUGGUCCUGGCUACAAAGCAAAUCUGUAAGGAGUUCCAGGACUUAUUGAGCCAAGAUCGCUCUCCUCUGGGCUCCUCCAGACCGACCCCCAUCCUGGACCUGGACAUCCAGAGACACCUCACACACUUCAGUCUGAUCACUCACGGGUUUGGCACGCCGGCGGUCUGCGCAGCUCUCAGCACCUUCCAGACGGUCCUGAGUGAGAUGCUCAACUACCUGGACAAAAACUCAAGCGGGAAGACAAGCGGACCCACCGACCAACAGAUUAACAACAGCUCGGAAAAGACGCAGCUCCGGAAAACAGCCGAGCCCCAGAGCAAAGACGGGAAAACAGAAAAGACUGAGUAG